AAUCGAGCAAUCUCGGUCGGAAAAGUGCGCUGGAAAAAGCUCUCGCAGAGCUUUGGGGGUCCUAACAAAAUUUGAAUUUGGUUGAAAAAAAUGUGUUGAGUGACUGUUUGCGAGGAAAACUGACAGAAGAAAGAGGAAGAGGCAGCAAGGCUUGAAUAUUUAAGGAAACAACCAAAAAAAUAAUCGAUCCUGAGUGCAAGUCGGGGCCCGAUCCUGUUCCUUAACGAGACUGGUGUGGAGGAGAUUACGAAAGUGGUGUUGGAAAAAUAGGAAAAAAAAGUCAAAACAAAAAUAAAAAUGACGAAUCUAGUGCAAAGGAUAGUUGCGAUCCUGUUCGUGCUGGCAGUCGUGCAGAGGAUAAACGCUCAAACGGAUUAUUGUGACCGGUCGUUGUGCAAAAACAACCAACCGCACGUGGCGUGCGGCAAAACGAACAACUACGGCCCGUUCUGUCCGGUAAACCGCGAGCUGGUCAUCCUGUCCGAGGACACCAAAAAGUACAUCCUGGACCUGCACAACCAGUUCCGCAGCACGGUGGCCCGCGGGGACGUGCCCGGCUAUGCGCCCGCCUCCCGAAUGCCCACACUGAUCUGGAGCGAAGAGCUGCAGAAGCUGGCCGAGUACAACGUCAAGACGUGCAUCUACGGGCACGAUUACUGCCGGAACACGCCCGAGUUCCCGCUGGUCGGGCAGAACAUUGCGGCCAACUCGUUCUACGGGAUGGAGGUGACUCCGCUGGACACGAUGACCGAGCUGCUGUACAGCUGGUACGGCGAGUACGAAAACGCCAACAUGGAUCACAUCAAGUCCUAUCCCCUGCUGGGCCAGGAUCCACCUUCUUCCCCACAGCAAGGAUAUUGGCCACUUUACCCAGAUCAUGAUGGACAAGGCGGUGUCGAUCGGUUGCGCCAUGAUCCAGUACACGCAGAACGAGCAGGGCCACGACUGGGUGCACCAGAACUACGUGUGCAACUACUCGAACUCGAUCGCGCGCGGCCACCCGGUGUACAACAGUGGCAAGACGUGCUCGCUGUGCCAGACCGGAUGUAGCGAGGAGUACCCGGGGCUGUGCAACGUGGGCGAACAGGUCGAACCGACCAAGACGUAGAUUCGAGAUCGAGAGAAGGUCCAGAGGAGGUCGUGUUCUGUAAGGACAAUGAUGUAAAUUAUUACUUUAUAAAUUAGACAAGACAAUAAUCGUUGCAGUUACCUAUUAAAAA